GAGCAGUCACAAAGGCAGAACCAGGAUGCACUGGCCCUUCAGGUUAUUUUAAUGACUUAGUUGAAAACGUCAGUCAAGGAGAAUUAAUAUAUCCUGAAAUCUGCAUGCUAGAGCUAAACUUGCUCUCAGCUGGUAAUGCAAGUCUGGAUGUGCUUGCUCAUGUAUUCCAAAGUUGCCUGAAGAUCAUCAGUCAGAAGGAGAGAAAUGCCACUUUACUUAUAGAACAGGGAGCUGUUAAAAAUCUUUUGGGAGGAUUUCUAAACAUAUUGGCCCAGACGGAGUCUAGUUUUCAUGCUUGUCAGAUGGUGUUGGUAGACCUGUUAGUCUCCUUGAUGAGCUCACAGACUUGUUCAGAAGAGUUAACUCUUCUCCUGAGGAUAUUUUUGGAAAAGGCACCCUGUACGGAGAUCCUACUUAAGGGCUUAUUGAAGAUUGUAGAAACCAAUAUCUAUAUGAACCCAUUACAGUACCUUGCCUUUCCUUUGCUUCAUGGCACACAUUUAAAUAGUAGUUCGUCCCAAAAAUCUGCUAGUAUUCCCAACAACAAGGCUGCUGGACUACUAAAAAGAGCUAAGUUUUCACACAGUAAGAAAGAGGCAGAUGGUGAAAACUUGACUCACCAGCUGCUUUCGUCUUGGUAUGUAGCCCCAAUUCACCUGCCUUUAGUUGGACAAAACUGUUGGCCACACAUGUCUGAGGGCUUCAGUGUCUCUCUGUGGUUCCAUCUGGAGUGUCGUCAUGAAGCAGAAAAUUUGACAGAAAAGGGGAAGAAGAUCAAGAAAAGAGGCAAGCUGUUAACUGCAAGAGAGAACAGCUUUGACAGCACAGAUGAAACAAAGUCUAUCGGAAUGGAAUACCUAAGCUUGGGAGAUAAACUUGUUGAAGAUGGUUGUAUUCAUAUAAUUUCACUGGGCUCCAAAGCACUGAUGAUACAAGUCUGGGCAGAUUUGAACACUAGAGCUUUCAUAUUUCGUAUGUGCAUGGAUCCAAAUGAUGAGAUGAAAGCAGGUCUACUGGCACAGGCUGAAUCUCCAGAGAAUAUUUUCCUUGUGAGCAAGUGGCAACAUUUGGCAAUUACAUACCAACAGCAGCCAGAGGGCAAGAAAAAUAUUCAUGGAAAGCUAUUGCUUUGGAUUUCUGGUCAGAGGAAAUGUGAAAUUAAUUUGGAUUAUACACUACCCCGGAAAACAAGCUUAUCAUCUGACAGCAAUAAAACCUUUUGUAUGAUUGGCCAUUGCACGUCCUCUCAAGAAGACUUGCCUCGGUUGUCGGGUAGAUGGGAUCUUGGAAAUCUGCUUCUCUUUAAUGGUGCAAAGAUUGGACCAGAGGAAGCAUUCUAUUUAUAUGCUUGUGGACCAGACUUCACAUCUGUAAUGCCUUGUAAAUAUGGAAAAACAUUAACUGAUUGCUCUAAGUACAUAAGUAAAGAUAUUCUACAAUGUGAACAAAUUAAGGAGCUCUUAAUGACAAAAAAGGAAGUGGAUGUUGGACCUUUAGUUGAAAGUCUUGCUGUUGUUUAUACUACAUGCUGCCCUGGUCAAUACACCAUAUAUGAACCUGUUAUUCGACUAAAAAGUCAAGUGAAAACUGUACCUUCUCAGCGUCCUUUCAGUUCAAAAGAAGUUCAGAGUGGUGUGUUGGAUUCUCAUCAUCUGAAAUUACUUCAACCAGUUGAAUAUAAGACCCUUCAGGGCAUACUACAUGAAAUUGGAGGAACUGGUGCAUUUGUUUUCCUCUUUGCUAGGGUUGUAGAGAUUAGCAGCUGUGAAGACACUCAAGCUCUAGCACUUCAACUUAUACUGUCCUUAACAAAGUACAAUCAGCAGAGAAUACAGGAGAUGGAAAACUGUAACGGCUAUUCCAUGGUUCAUCGAGUGUUGGUCAAACCCAAGUGCAUUGUUGGAUUUUGCAUGCUGAAGACUCUCCUUGAAGGAUGCUGCAGUGAUGAAAUUCUUUAUGUAAGUGAAAACGGGCAAUUCACGCUUGACAUGGAUUCUACUGCAGUAAUCCAGGAUGUUCAGUUGUUGGAAAAGCUACUGCUUGACUGGAAGAUCUGGUCUAAAGCAAAGGAAGGUGUUUGGGAAACUCUGUUAGCUGCUCUAGAAAUCCUUAUUAGAGCCAACCAUCACCAACAGAUGUUUAACAUUAAACAGCUGUUGAAAGCUCAGGUGGUACAUCACUUCUUGUUAACCUGCCAAGUUCUCCAGGAACAUAAAGAAGGUCAUCUUGCAUCUCUGCCUCGGGAGGUUUGUAGGUCAUUUGUGAAAAUAAUUGAAGAAGUACUUGGAUCUCCCCCUGACCUGGAGUUGCUGACACUGGUCUUCAAUUUCCUCUUAGCAGUUCACCCUCCCACUAAUACAUAUGUUUGUCACAACCCUACCAACUUCUACUUUUCCCUGCACAUAGAUGGUAAAAUUUUUCAAGAGAAAGUCGAAUCACUUAUGUACCUGAGAAAUUCCAGCAGCGGUGGGAAGUCAAUAGACAGUUCUGCAUUUGUCAUUACGUCUCCAACUGGAUUUACUGCCUCACCCCUGGAAGGAAUCACUUCCAAGGCAAGCAUGCAGCAGAAAAGAGCUUGUCAAGCACCUAAAAGGCUCUGCAAAAGCUUGCCAGCAUCUCCUACUUCCUCACCUCAAGUCCAUCAAAAAAGACUAACUGAGAAGUUGGGCAGGAGCAUUGAUAGCCUUCAGGAUAUUGGCAAGAGUGACUAUGGUGAUUUCCAGGGUAAAGCUGGUUUUGUAGGAAGUAGUGAAACCUUAAAAAGAGUACAAGAGGAGCUCUUUCUUAGCAGUUGUGAGUCUGCAAAAACAGUUUGUGACUCGGAGUUAACGUCUGCUGAAACAUUUGAAGACAUUCCGAAAGAAGAAUUAUUGGAAAAUGUAUUUGAAAGUAAAGAAACAGAUAUGGAGAUGAAAUAUAAUGACAGCAGUGCUACAUCUGAAGCAUCUCUGCGUCGUCCAGACAAUCUGAAAGGCCUCCCUUCAUAUCAGAAAAGUCAGAGUAAUUUUGCAGGGUUGGGCCUAGCAUUUUCUGUUCAUGGAGGAUCAUCCAUUAUUGCCCGCUGGCCGAGCCUUGCUGACAAGAAUGUAAUCCCUGAAGACUGGGAGAGUCUUGCCUUUGCUUCAGCCAGUGAGAACACCCAAAAAAUAUCUGAAAGCCCUGAUGACAGAUCUACAGAAGACUGUCUUGUGCUUAUCUGUUGUGGAUUAUAUGACCUCUUGCGUGGAGUUCUCCUAAUCUUACCAGAUAUCAUGCUAGAAGAUGUGAUGGACAAACUUAUCCAACCUGAUUAUCUUAUAGUACUUGUGAACCACCCAUCUCCUCUCAUACAACAAGGCGUCAUUAAAUUGUUGGAUGCGUAUUUCAACAGAGCAAGGAGGGAGCAGAAGGAAAAAUUCUUAAAGAAUCGUGGCUUCUCCUUGCUAGCCAACCAGCUGUACCUUCACCAGGGAACUCAGGAAGUUGUAGAAUGCUUUUUGAAAAUGCUCUUUGGCCAUUCUGUAGGCCUGGAUGAAGAAUUUGAUCUGGAAGAUGUCAAGAAUGUUGGACUCUUUCAAAAGUGGUGUGUUGUUCCUGUUCUGGGUCUUAUAGAGAACUCGCUAUAUGAUAAUAUUCUGCUGCAUAACUCCUUCUGUCUCCUGCUGCAAAUCAUAAAUUCCUGCUCAAAAGUUGCAGACCUGCUGCUUGAUAAUGGUUUGCUCUACGUGCUGUGUAACACGCUAGCUGCUCUCAAUGGACUGGAAACAAACAUUCCUCUGAAUGACUACAAGCUACUUGCGUGUGAUAUACAACAGUUGAUGGUGGCAGUUGCAAUUCAUGCCUGCAGCUCCUCAGGUUCUCAAUAUUUUCGUGUUAUUGAAGACCUCAUAGUGCUCUUGGGGCAUCUUCAAAAUAGUAAAAAUGCAAGGAUGAAAAAUAUGGCUGUUGUUCUGCAACUGAGAGUUCUUCAGGCAGCCAUUGAAUUAAUAAAAACGACGGCAAACCAGGAUUCUCAGGAGCAGGCCAGUUCUGUCCCAUCAGCUGCACCUCAUCACACGAUGUUUCAGAAGCGGAAAGGCAUCACUGUUUCCAGGAAAUUUUCCCUUGCUCAGUCUGAUGCUCUGCUGAUGAAAAUGCGUUCAGUAGCAAGUGAAGAAUUCAACAUGAUGAUGCAGCGGAGAAUGAGCCAAGAAAAUCCUGUCCGAGCCUCUGAGACUGAGUUUGUGCAAAGGUUGCAGAGACUCACUGUUCUGGCUGUUAACAGACUCAUUUACUCAGCAUCUACCGAGGAAUGCCUUGAUAUAUUGGGUAUAACAGAAGCCACAAGCCAAAGCAGACUUUCAGCAUCCCGACUGGAAGUUUCAGAAGAGGAAAGCCAGCAAGAACUGCCUAGAGGAAUAAAUCCUUUUCUGAAAGAAACCUUCAAAAUGUUGGUAGAAGGGAUCAAAGCAUCUGUUGGCAGCAGCAGAAUGAAUGCACCCAAGCAGCAGUGGAAGAGAAUCCUGUUCUCAUGCAAGGACACGUUUCGUGCGCAACUUGGGAGACUUCUUGUGCACACCUUGUCUCCAGCAAGGCCACUGCAAGAAAGAAAGCAGGCUUUGGAGAUGAUGCAUGAAGCAAAUAAUCAAGAGAUUAUACGGGAUUGUCUUAGCCCAAAUUUGCAACAUGGACCUAAAUUAGUACUCUAUUUAUAUGACUUAAUGUAUAAUCACAGUGAUGAAAUGAACAAAGAAGAACAAAGAGCAGCAGGAGAUUUUAUGAAUGUGUUAAAAAGUUGUGGCUACAAGUGCAUCCCGCUCAGCCCACCACCAAAACCAGAUCUAAUGAAAGCUUUGAAAGAGGAUCAGAAGAAAUAUGAGAUGGAAGAGGGUGUGAACAAAGCUGCUUGGGAGAAGACUAUGGCCAAUAAUCAGCAAAAUCUCUUUCAACGUCUGGAUACAAAAUCAAAAGAUAUUUCCAAAAUAGCUGGAGACAUCACACAGGCUGUUUCACUGUCCCAAGGAAUGGAAAGGAAGAAAGUGAUCCAGCACAUCAGGGGGAUGUAUAAGGCAGAGCUGAGUGCCAGCAGACACUGGCAGGAACUUGUUCAGCAGCUUACCCAUGAUCGAGCACUCUGGUAUGACCCAGUGUAUUACCCAACUUCUUGGCAAUUGGAUCCAACAGAGGGCCCAAAUAGAGAGAGGCGACGAUUGCAGAGGUGCUAUUUAACUAUACCAAAUAAGUACCUUCUCCCAGAUAGGCAGAAGCAGGAAGGCAUGAUCAAACCUCCCUUGUCUUACCUGUUUGAAGACAAAACAUAUUCUUCUCACUCGUCUACUGUAAAGGACAAAGCAGCAAGUGAGCAUAUAAGAGUUAAUCGAAGAUGUAUCAGUGUGGCACCUUCUAGAGAAACUGCUGGUGAACUGUUGCUAGGAAAGUGUGGCAUGUAUUUUGUUGAGGACAAUGCCUCGGACACUAUGGAGAAUCCUAGUUUUCAUGGAGAAACUGAACCAGCAUCCUUUUCUUGGACCUAUGAGGAAAUUAAGGAAGUUCAUAAGAGAUGGUGGCAGCUAAGAGACAAUGCUGUGGAAAUAUUUUUAACAAACGGCAGAACCUUACUCUUGGCUUUUGAUAACACAAAGGUCCGUGAUGAUGUGUACCACAACAUCUUAACUAACAAUUUGCCUAACCUUUUGGAAUACGGAAACAUUACUGCUUUGACCCACCUCUGGUGCACAGGACAGAUUACUAACUUUGAAUACCUGACUCAUUUAAACAAACAUGCGGGCCGCUCCUUCAAUGAUCUUAUGCAGUAUCCAGUAUUUCCCUUUAUACUUUCUGACUACACCAAUGAAACACUGGACCUAAAUGAUCCAUCAGUAUAUAGAAAUCUGGUCAAGCCCAUAGCUGUGCAGUCUAAGGAAAAGGAAGAUCGUUAUGUGGAUACUUACAAGUAUCUGGAAGAGGAAUACCGUAAAGGCGCAAGAGAAGAUGAUCCAAUGCCCCCUGUACAGCCUUAUCACUAUGGAUCUCAUUAUUCCAACAGUGGAACUGUGCUUCAUUUCCUGGUUAGGCUGCCACCUUUCACUAAAAUGUUUUUGGCCUAUCAAGAUCAAAGUUUUGACAUCCCAGACAGAACUUUUCAUUCCACCAACACAACCUGGCGCCUCUCUUCCUAUGAAUCAAUGACUGACGUAAAGGAGCUUAUCCCAGAAUUUUUCUACCUUCCAGACUUUCUAGUUAACAGAGAAGGUUUUGAUUUUGGAGUGCGUCAGAAUGGUGACAGAGUUAACCAUGUCAACCUUCCACCUUGGGCUCGCAAUGAUCCUCGUCUCUUCAUCUUGAUUCAUCGUCAGGCUUUGGAGUCUGACCAUGUUUCCCAGACAAUCUGUCACUGGAUCGACUUGGUGUUUGGUUAUAAGCAGAAAGGCAAGGCCUCUGUUCAGGCUAUUAAUGUCUUUCAUCCUGCAACAUAUUUUGGGAUGGAUGUUUCUGCUGUUGAAGAUCCUGUUCAGAGAAGAGCUCUUGAAACAAUGAUAAAAACAUAUGGACAAACGCCUCGCCAGCUGUUCCAUGCAGCACAUGUUAGCAGGCCUGGAUCCAGGCUCAUCAUAGAAGGAGAACUUCCUGCUGCCAUGGGAUUAUUAGUGCAGUUUGCUUUUAGAGAAACGAGAGAGCAUACUAAAGAAAUAGUAUAUCCGAGUCCAUUGCCAUGGAUAAAAGGCUUGAAGUGGGGAGAAUAUGUUGGUUCUCCGAGUGCUCCAGAUCCUGUUGUAUGCUUUAGCCAACCAAAUGGAGAAAGAUUUGGAUCUCUUCAGGCCUUGCCAACCAAAGCUGUCUGUGCUUUGUCCCGCAAGUUUUGCCUGUUGAUGAUAUAUAGCAAGGAGCAAGGCGUGAGGAGCAUGCACAGCACGGAUAUUCAGUGGUCAGCGAUCUUGAGCUGGGGAUACGCUGAUAACAUUUUAAGACUGAAGAGCAAGCAAAGUGAGCCUCCAGUAAACUUCAUACAGAGCUCUCAAUUCCAUCAGGUAACAAGUUGUGCAUGGGUGCCAGACAGUUGCCAGCUUUUUACAGGCAGUAAAUCUGGUGUCAUCACAGCAUAUAUGAACAGAUUCACAAGUAAUACACCUUCUGAGAUAGAAAUGGAGUCACAAGUCCAUCUGUACGGGCACACAGCAGAGAUAACAAGCUUGUUUGUGUGCAAACCAUACAGUAUAAUGAUAAGUGUCAGCAAAGAUGGAACCUGCAUUAUUUGGGAUUUGAACAGGCUGUGCUAUGUCCAGAGUCUGGCCGGACACAAGAGCCCUGUGACUGCAGUUUCAGCUAGUGAAACAACUGGUGAUAUCGCAACAGUCUGCGAUUCAGUUGGAGGGGGUAGUGACUUGAGACUUUGGACAGUUAAUGGUGAUCUCGUGGGACAUGUCCACUGCAGGGAAAGUAUUUGCUCUGUUGCCUUCUCCAACCAGCCUGAAGGAAUAUCUGUCAACGUGAUUGCAGGAGGGCUGGAAAAUGGAGUUGUAAGACUGUGGAGUACCUGGGACUUGAAGCCAGUGCGAGAAAUAACAUUUUCAAAGUCAGCCAAACCUAUUGUAAGCCUUACAUUUUCCUGUGAUGGUCAUCACUUGUUCACAGCUAAUAGUGAUGGAAAUGUCAUAGGUUGGUGUCGCAAGGACCAGCAGCGCUUGAAGCUACCCAUGUUCUACUCAUUCCUUAGCAGCUAUGCAGCUGGCUGAUGACUAUUUUUGCUGCUAACUCAAGUCUCUGAUGCACUUUAAAUCCAAAAUAGGUUACAGAAACUUUUAUUUAACUGGGUUUUUGAAAUAAAAUAAAUAAAAUGUCUUUAAAAUGACUGAAUAGAUUGAAAGAAAUUGGAGGGGGAGAAAAAAAAGGAAGAGCAGUCUAAGAUCAUUGUAAAAUUGUGUAUAUUCAUGCACAAAUUUGAAAAGUAUUGAGGUCACAGGAAGCUCUGGUCAUAUAUUCUAAUACCAGCAAAGUGGCACAUAAAUGCUCUAACCUACAAGCCAAAAUGCUGCAAUAUAAAAUGUAAUAGUA